CUUGGAACCCAGAAGACUAGCAGUGCAUUGCUCCAUUAUAUCCUUGUUUCCACCCAAUGGAGAUGGCGAGUGUUCAGGUGUCCGGUUGCCCGACCUGGCCUGAGGUUGCAAGGGUACUUGCAUGCCUCUUCGAGAAGGAUGUCGAGUUCCAGCUCAUUCGCCCCUGCAACUACAAGGGCCUCAAAAGGAUGCCAAGCCUCCAGGGGAAGGGCCUACGAUUCUCAUAUCAAGACGGGGAUGGGACCCGCCAUGACUCGAGGGAGAUCUGCAAACACGUUGCCGAGACGUAUGCCCACCAAGGGAACAAAGACCUUCUAGCCAAGACGGGCACAGUCGAAAGGGCUUCGAUCGACCAAUGGCUGGAGACCGAGGUUGAAAGAUUCGACCGCCCAAGUACUGAGCUGGUGCUCAACCUGGGAUUCGCGCUGCCCGUGGAGGCGGAUAGGGAGGUGAUCGAGAAGGACAAACAGAAGCUGAACGAGGUAUUGGACGAGUACGAGAAGAGGCUGCAGGAGACGAAGUACCUGGCGGGGGACAGGUUCACGCUUGCUGACCUCUUCCACCUGCCCAACACCCAGUUUUUGGUGUCGAACGAGGAGUGCUGCUCGUUGAUCAGGUCGAGGAAGAGGGUGAGCAGGUGGUGGGAUAAGCUAUCGCUUCGCCCGUCGUGGCAGAGGGUGGUGGAGAUGCAGCAGGAGAUCUCCCGGUUAUCUGAGGAUAUGAGACGCUACCGCUGGGUUGAUAUAGAGUUGAGGGGUUAUCUGAGGACAUGAGAUGCGACCUUUGCACCGCAGAGGAUCCCAACUCUGCUUUCUUGCUUUCUUUCGGAGUGUUUCAAUCGGGUGUCUGCACCCGUCUUGUGUGUCUUGGCCUAGAGCUUUUGCUCAUGUUUGUUUAUCCCACAAAGUUGUCAAAUGGCCCAGUGCGUGUCUGAGGUUUGCUUUAGUAGUAGGUUUUGUGGUACAAUAUUAUAUAUUAUCUAAUAAUAAUGAUUUUAAGAGAUAAAACUUCGUUAAC